CGUUCGACGACCAGCUCACCGUCUUAGCUCCUUCCUGAAUUUCACCCUCUUCGCUUCAUUCGUCUUGCCAUGGCUGCCGCUGCUGUCGAGGAGAUCCGUGCCAACUCAUACGUCGGUUUCGACACCAUCACGCAGCAGAUUGAGCACAAGCUCUUGAAGCGUGGCUUCCAGUUCAAUGUCAUCGUGGUCGGUCAGACUGGGCUUGGAAAGUCGACUUUGAUCAACACUAUCUUCGCCUCUCAUCUAAUUGACUCGAAGGGGAGGAAGGAAGCGGAUGAGCCCGUCAGACAGACGACCGAGAUUCAUCCCGUGUCCCAUGUCAUUAUGGAGAAUGGCGUAAGGCUUCGCCUGAACAUCGUCGACACGCCAGGGUAUGGCGACCAGAUCAACAAUGAGAAUUGUUGGGACCCUAUUGUGAAGUACAUCAAGGACCAGCACAGUGCCUAUCUACGGAAGGAACUUACAGCCCAGCGUGAUCGCCACAUCCAAGACACCCGCAUUCAUUGCUGCCUGUUCUUCAUCAACCCUACCGGCCACUCGCUUCGUCCUAUCGACAUUAUUGUGAUGAAGAAGCUUAGCGAGGUCGUCAACGUGGUUCCCGUCAUCGCCAAAUCAGACAGCUUAACGCUGGAGGAGCGUGAAGCAUUCAAGCAGACGAUCCGGGCUGAGCUCCAGUACCACAGUAUCCGUCUCUAUCCCUUCGACACGGAUGAGAAUGACGAGGAGGAAGUACAGCUCAACGAGAGCAUCAGGAGCAUGAUUCCGUUUUCAGUGGUCGGUUCUGAGCGAAACGUCAUCAUCGACGGCAAGUCAGUGCGAGGACGCAAGAACCGCUGGGGUGUCGUCAACGUCGAAGAUGAAACACACUGCGAGUUUGUUUAUCUGCGCAACUUCCUCACAAGAACACACCUCCAAGACCUGAUCGAGACGACCGCGCAGAUCCAUUACGAGGCCUUCCGCUCAAAACAGCUGCUCGCACUCAAGGAGCAGACCAAUCCCAGGUCUGCGAGCCACGGUGCAUAGAGUGCACGAGCGAUUGUCGUUCCUGCGAGGCCUCGAAGCGGCGAGUUAUGUUCAUGAUACCCUUUUUUCCUGACUUUUGCUAUUGACCGCUCCUUUGCGUAUGCUGAUCGUCGGACGGUACUUCUCUGAUAUCCUUUGUUGCCUGUGGCUAUACACUCCUUUAGUAAUACGAUACUAGUUCUGCUCUACACGCACGCGUGUCUGCGAUUUCGCGAACCGUUCGGGCGCCUAUUGUCA